UGCGGAGCGUUGAUCCAAUUUGGGGAAAGCUUGAAAGAAAGCAACACGUCAAGUCAAGGGUAAAAUGAGGAUAAGGUGGUAAAGAGAACGAGCAGAGUUAAAUGAGCCGAGCCUGAAUUCAGAAUUGUAAUUAUGGAUGAAAUGAAGGAAUGAUUUUUGGAGACAAGGAAUGGCGACGCCGAUCAAUGGAGCCACGCCUCCGCAGUGCUCAAUCACCACAGGGCUCCCCAAUGCAAUUAAGCCGGCUCGAUUCGGGCGACCAGAAUAUUCAGAUGGGCAUCAAUGGGCACACCCACAAAGGAUGGUUGUGGGUGGAGGAGGCAGGAACGUAAGCAGCAGCGUUUCAAUCUUCCCUUCAAUCUCCUCCAGACCGGGAGAGCUUGGGCCGGAUUUCUGUGGGCGGAGGUCAACGAGGUUUGUUUCAAAACUGCAUGUGGGUAGGGCGCGAACAAACUGUAGCACGGAGAAAGACAAGGGGAAGGGGAAGGGAAAGGGAAGGGAAAGGAUGGAGGCGGUUUUGGAGGAGCUGCUGGAGGAGGAGGAAGAGAUAUUGGGAGUGCUGGGGCGGAUGGGAAGAGAUGAGGAGUGGGAUUGUGGGUAUUUGUUGAGAGAGCUGGGGAACAGGGGAGAAUGCGGUAAGGCUAUGCAGUGUUAUGAGUGGGCGGUGGCAAGGGAGAGGAAGAGAAACGAGCAGGGGAAGCUGGCGAGCACUAUGAUCAGCGUGAUGGGCCGCCUGGGCAGAGUGGAUGUGGCGCGACAGGUGUUCGAGCGGGCGAGGGCGCAGGGCUAUGGCACCACUGUCUAUGCCUUCUCUGCGCUUAUCAGCGCGUAUGGCCGCAGCGGCCUCUGCAACGAGGCCAUUCGAGUCUUUCGCCUCAUGAAGUGCUGUGGCUGCAAACCGAAUCUCGUUACCUACAAUGCUGUUAUCGAUGCUUGUGGAAAGGGCGGCUUCGAUUUCAAGCAGGCUCUGCUUGUGUUUGAUGAAAUGAUAAGGGAAGGCGUGGAGCCUGAUCGAAUCACCUUUAAUUCUCUCAUUGCCGUGUGCAGCCGGGGGGGACUCUGGGAAGAGGCGCAGGGCAUGUUCAAGGAGAUGCUUUAUCGAGGAAUUGACCAGGACAUUUUCACUUAUAACACCCUUUUAGAUGCGCUUUGUAAAGGAGGCCAGAUGGACCUCGCUGCUUCCAUAAUGUCUGGCAUGUCUCGAAGGAACAUUCUGCCUAAUGUGGUUACUUACAGUACUGUCAUUGAUGGCUAUGCAAAGGCUGGACGCCUUGACGAGGCAUUGGACAUGUACAAUGAAAUGAAAUAUUGUGGCAUUAAUCUUGAUAGAGUUUCUUACAAUACACUCUUGUCUAUUUAUGCCAAGUUGGGAAGGUUUGAGGAGGCUCUUGCUGUUUGCCAGGAGAUGGAAAGAGCCGGUAUUAAUAAGGAUGCUGUAACAUACAACGCUCUCCUGGGUGGGUACGGAAAACAGGGCAGGUAUGAUAAAGUCAAGUACCUAUUUCAAGAGAUGAAAAUGCACUCCGUGUCUCCUAAUGUGCUCACUUACUCCACUCUAAUCGAUGCAUAUUCUAAAGGAGGACAGCAGGCUGAGGCCUCGCAAAUUCUAGAUGAGUUUAAAUGCUCUGGUUUGAAGCCUGAUGUGGUGCUUUAUAGUGCGCUUAUUGAUGCAUUAUGUAAGAAUGGCUCUGUGGAAGAAGCUCUUGCUCUGCUCGAUCAGAUGACGAAAGAAGGCGUGAUGCCAAAUGUUGUCACUUAUAAUUCUAUAAUUGAUGCAUUUGGGAGGAAUAGUCAGAUCCAUCCUAGAAGUUGUAGCGACAGUUCCAGUGUGCUGUCUAUAGAGAAUAAUGUGCCCAGCAGUUCUUCAGAGGUUGUGAGAAGCUGGGGUACAAAAAAUUCUAUUGGAGACAAAGCCGAGGCAUAUGAUGCAAUAGCAAUGUUUGAGCAGUUUGGAAUCGAGAAAAGUCUUCCUCUAUCUCUUGCCGAGGACAUGAAACAGAGGUUUAAGGAGAUUUUGUGCACAGUGAAAAUGUUUCAUAAAAUGCACGAGUUGGGAAUCAAACCAAAUGUAGUCACAUUUUCUGCCAUUCUCAAUGCUUGCAGUCGUUGUCGAUCCUUCAAAGAAGCUUCCAUGUUGUUGGAAGAACUGCGCUUAUUUGAUAGUCGUGUGUAUGGUGUUGCCCAUGGGCUGCUAAUGGGCUUUAGGGACCAAAUAUGGGGGCAAGCUCAAGUGCUUUUCGAUGAAGUUACUCGGAUGGACUCUUCUACUGCUUCAGCUUUUUAUAAUGCUCUCACUGAUAUGCUUUGGCAUUUUGGCCAGAGGCAAGGGGCACAGCUUGUUGUUCUCGAAGGCAAGCGUCGACAAGUAUGGGAGAAUGCAUGGCGCGACUCUUGCUUGGACUUGCAUUUAAUGUCAGCUGGGGCUGCACAGGCAAUGGUACAUGCAUGGCUGCUUAGUAUCCGUUCCAUCCUGUUUGAGGGGCACGAACUACCUAGAUUAUUAAGCAUCUUAACUGGAUGGGGAAAGCAUAGUAAAAUUGCAGGUGAUAGCACCCUAAGGCGUGCUGUUGAAGCACUUCUUUCGGGUAUAGGUGCCCCCUUUCAUGUUGCCAAACUAAAUCUAGGUAGAUUUAUAUGUACCGGCCCUAUUGCGGGGGCAUGGUUGAGGGAGUCUGGUACAUUGGAGCUUUUGGUUCUUCAUGAUGUAAGAGUAAAUUCAACAGAUAUCAUUGAUCAAGUUUCUCAGUUGAAAUUAUUGUCGGUCUAGGGGUCAGGCCUUUUGAUGGCCUAACCAUUACAAUGCUUUUUUGAUCCAGUUUUCCCCUUUUAUAUUUCUAUUAUACUGGAGGUUAUGGCAUGACAUACAAUAGAUGAAUGCUAUUUUGGCCCCCAUUCCUUUUUGUACCUUUCUAUUUUAGUGGAGGUUAGGGCAUGGCAUACAAUGGAUGAAAGUAGUAAAGUUGAUUAGUAGAAGAGAUGUUAUCCUUUACAUAAUUUAAUACAAUUUACUUAUGUAUUCUCUCCACAAUGAUGAGCUGAUUGUAAAAUUGUGAUCAAAUUAUUCUGUAAGUUCAUUCUCUCUUCAAUGAUAAACCACUUGUAAAACA